AUGCGAAUCAUUAUUGCAGUAGCUGUGCUGCUCUCAGUAGUCCACGAAUCAACCCAGAACAUUUUCACAUUCAAAGGACAGCUGAUCUGCAAUUAUCAAGAAUAUUUUGAAGCUGAAUUACAAAUCUUCGAAAUAGAUGAAAUAUUUGAUGAUAUACUCACAUCGAAGAAGAAAUUUUUUGGACGAAAAGCAUUGAAUUUUUCCAUCGACGCUGUUGAAGAGGAUGAUGGGUUUGCUGACGGCCACUUCGAAUUUGCGAUUUACAAUCGUCACAAUUGCACCAAAAACGGCGAGUAUGUGCUGUCGAAGUACCAUCUGCCGGAAAUUCUAAUCCGCAAUGCGGGUCCCGGCUUUCUGAUUGUCAAAAUCAGAAUUGGCCCUUACACGGAACCCGUUAAUGUGAAAGCCUAUUGUUACUAUCUUUUGGAGAAUGGCGAGAAGUUGGAUAAUGUGUGUUGA